GCCAGGACAGGUAACCAUGAAUUUUGCUUUGCUGAUGAUUCUUGUGGUGGAGACCUAUGUAUUCUCAAUAACAGUGGACAUGAGCACUGAAGAACCAAUCCUGGCUCAAGUACAAACUCAGUCAUCUUUUGCCGCUCUGGAUGACGUUCAGCUGAUCGCCAAUGGCUUACUGCAGCUCGGAAAGAACCUACGGGACUUUGUGCAAAAGACAAAAGACCAGAUUAAUGACCUCAUCCAAAAGCUGAACAUAUUUGACAGCUCCUUCUACCAGCUCUCUAUCCUGGCGAGUGAGAUCAAAGAGGAAGAAGACGAGCUCAAGAAGACCACAGUGAUGCUCAAGGCGAAUAAUGAGGAGAUCAAGAACCUGUCACUGGAGAUCAACUCCAAAGCAGAAGACAUUGUAAGGGAAAGAGUUCAGCUCCGAAACCAAGUGGAACGACUGGAACUGAAGCUAACUGGCUUGUCCCAGGGCCUGCUCUCAGCAGACCAGGUUGCAGAAAUUUCUGCACUCAAAGAAGUGAUCCAAGCCCAGGAGAGGAGCAUAGCGGAGCUGUUGAAGGCAAUGAAGGAGCAAAGGGAGCAUCUCAACUACCAGAAAAACAAAAUCAAAAGCUUGGAGAAUAAACUGAACUCUGGCAGUCUUCAGGAUACACCUUCUAUAUUUCGUUGGGAUGCCCAUACCCACCUCAUGUCGGAUUAUCUAUUCAACUAUUCCACAGAUGGUAGCUUCUCAAGUGAUUUUCCAAAGCACUGUGGUGAGAUAUUUGGCAAGGGAGAGGAAACAAAUGGCCUGUAUGCUAUCAAGCCAAAUCAAUCAGAACCUUUCCUAGUCUACUGUGAAUUCACAGAGGUGGGAGCGUUUACAGUCAUUCAACGCAGGCAAGAUGGCUCUGUCAAUUUUGACCGGUCCUGGCAAAGCUAUGAGGAUGGAUUUGGGGACUUCAAGAGUGACUUCUGGCUUGGCCUGAAGAAGAUCUCCUCCAUUGCCAGCCAGGGAGAUUCUGUCCUACAUGUUCAGAUGGAAGACUGGAAACGAGAGAAAUAUUUAAUGGAAUUCGAGUGCAGUCUGGAGGGUCCUGCCUCCAACUACACAAUCCAUUUCAAGUCAGGAGGCCUGACUUCUGAAAGCCAGACAAGAAUAAGAUUUUCUACCAAGGACCACUACGAUGGGAACAAUAACCAAAACUGUGCCCAUGACUACACAGGGGGCUGGUGGUUUAGUGGUUGUGGAGACAUCAAUCUCAAUGGCAAAAGCGUCCAGUGCAAACCUCGCAGGAAGAGGAUCCAAUGGAAGCACAACAAAGGACAAAGCCACUUAAAAUCCUCACAAAUCUCCUUUUAUCAUCUCAAGGCAACAUGGAGUCACACAGGCUGAGAUGGCUUCUCAAUCAUGGAAUGAGAGGUGUGGUGGACAUAUGGGAACUUCAGCUCCCAUCUCUCUGAUCGCAAUAUUCUGACACA